GGUAGGACCAAGAGGAUCAAGGAUAACAUAAUGUAAAAUAUAAAGAGCUUCUUGGGAGUGAGAUGAAGUUGAAGUUUGGUACAAAUUGCAGUGGUCUCGACAUGCAACCUGUUCUUAACAGAAGAAGUGAUAUUCGAUCUACAGGGAAUGAGACUAGCGCCGCGAGGACGACAGAUAUCCAGCUUAUAUCAGGUCUGAUAUCUACUGCCUACGUCGUUUUAUUGACCGCGUCACUAUUCGGCAACUCAGUUAUCAUUAAAAUUAUACGAGCAGACAACUCCAUGAAGACCACUACCAAUUAUUUGAUUUUGAAUCAAGCGUGCGCUGAUCUCUACAGAACAUUAAUGGAAUCUCUACAUAUUUCAUAUCAUCUUAUGGGAGGGCGCUGGUUCGGAGGCAUUGUAGGUCUGAUCACUUGCAAGUUAUUUCUGGCGAACUUGUUUAUUCCGGCCAUCUUUUCAGUCUGGAUUCUCCCAACCGUUAGUCGACCUUUCCGGUCCUCGCCUUUAUCUCGACAUUUUAAAAAGAUAGUCAUAAUAUUGUGGAGUUGGUCCGUUGCAUGUUUCGUGGAAGUCUUCAUUACAAGAAGUUUGCACAAAACAAAACAAGACUACUCUUGUCGUGCAAUUCAUUUCCUGCAACAACAGAUAACAUUUUAUAUUUUGACUGUUUCUUUGAAUGUCUUCCUGCCUCUUUUCAUGACAGCAGUUCUUUACAUCAUUGUUAGUCGCAAACUUUGGUCACGUGAGGUACCAGGAGAAGGAACCAAUCAGAAUCAAAGACAAGCUGAAGUCGUGAAAACAGCCAGUAAAGUUACCCGGAUGAUGAUAACUGUUGUGGUUUUAUAUGUGCUGUGUUUCCUUCCCUUUUUUGCAGGAAAAAGCCUCUACCAUUUUGAUUAUGUAGAAGAUAAGUCAGAUUUUAUAUUUUUAUCUCUUUUUGUGAUAGCAUUUGCUUAUAGUGGACUCAAUCCAUACAUUUAUCUUACCUUUAACCAGAAGUUUCGAAAUGGAUUUAAAACUUUGUUUGGAAAUUGCUUACGAAAAAUCAAAUUUCAUAACAUUGUUCAUUUUCGAUCCCGACGCGUCGACCUUCAGCAAACAUAGGCCGUUCACGGAGAGAAUUGUUUAUCAAGGGCGGUAAAGAGAUUCGUGGUAGUAAGGAAGAAUAAUUUAAUACUUGAAUUAUAACUAUUUAUAAUUGGAAAACGACAGUUUGAUUUAUAAGCAUAACUCUACCCAGGCGGUACAAUGUAUGUAAUCCUUGGUCUUAAGCUAAGGAGUAAUAAAUUUAGCUUUGAAAAUAUAUUUUGUAUCUAUGUGAACUCGAAAAGCUCCGUGGAGGAGAAUGCGCUUAUACUUGAGCAUAAAACAACUUUUGACUGUAGUGAAAAAAAUUAAACAGAAAUAUAACACAGCAUGUCUAAAAUAUAACGUAAUUGUAACAUACGCUUACUUGCAAAGACGGUAAAAAAAAUGGUAUUUCAAUAACAAAAACGCGUUUACGACAAGAAUGGAAUCAGCGAAUGACAAUUUUAUGAACGGCUGUAUCUUAAAUAUCCAUCCGGCAUUCCUUGCUACUGCCUUCCAGAGAUAAAACAUUUAAAAAACAAGCUUUUGUUUGGAUUACUUCAACGCUGGUAAUGAGUGUUUUCCAUUAUUGCUUUAUACUGCAAACUGUGGUUUGGAGGAAAAGCAGGUCUUCCCACCUGCAAGUUCAAACAUUUUUUGUCUUUAUUUGACCUGUCUUUUCAAAAGAUCCUUCGGACAAUUGCAGCUGAACGCUAUCAUGGUGUCACUCAACCUUUGCAAUCAUCGUUUAUAUCUCGACAUUUAAAGAAAAUUUUGCACUGGCGUGGGCUUGGUGUGUUGUUUAUUCGACAAGCAUAAUUUGGUCACGAGGGAGUACGAUGGAAUGUUUAUAAAACUGUCUUUCAGUGCAGAUGUUGCCACUUGAAAUAUUGGGCAAAACUAAUUUGCGCUGUUGCCUCAGUGAGAAACUUGCCAUAAAUUUGGUUCAAUACUAUCGAAUAGCCAAUGAGAGUAAGUAACCGCCCCUAAUUUCGAUGAAACAUAAUGUAGACUCAGUCAUUUGAAAUUUUCAUUCAAACCAAAUCACCUGAUUAAGCUGUUAUAUUUGUCACGUACAUCGGUCAGCCCAUCUACUGCACACGCUUUUUGCGACCCUAAAAUUUCAGCUCUGUGAAAUUAAGUGUCAUUGUCACUAGGGACCAGGCAGGGUCCACGGAUCGAGGUCGGCCGAUUCCCUCCAAACUCUUAGCAUUUUUUCUCUAUCAGAUAAGAUAACGACUGGUGGUAUUUUUAGUAAAAUAAAAUAAAUUUCAUAGAAUUUA